AAAAGAUGUCAAGAGCAAUUCGUAGAUAUGUGAAUGCCAAAGAGGAGAUGGAAUACGAGCGAGGAUACUCAGCUGAAGAGAUGCAAGCAGCUAAAUUGAGAAAGGCAUUUGUUUAGAAAUUUAUUGCUGACUUCGACACUAAUUUUUACAAAACAUAAGAGGAAAGAGAUUGGGGAUAUGUUGUUAGAAGAGAGUAUGAUUAUGUACUUAUUUUCGUUAGGUAUCGUUAUGAUGUGACUUAUUCCUCUCUUGUUGAUGGUUGGGCAUGUGCAGCUGCUGUUUCUAUGGUCAGAAUGUUUUAGACAAAGAGAUUCUCAUGGGCUCCUUAUUUUGUUGUUUGGCCAAUUGCUUAUCUCUACUUUCAACCAAUUAAAUUUUUGAAACACAAUAAAAAAUACUUUGAUAUGUGCAAUUUGGGUGAAACAUUUUAUCUUGGAAGAGAAAGAAACAAGGUUCUGGCUGAAUGUAACAGAAUAUUAGAUAGGGAGGAUUUCUGAUCCUUAUAAUAACAUAAUAAUA